AUGGAAGUCUCAACCACAGAAAAAUCCAUUGAUGGAGAUUACAAUUGGGCAAAAGAAGUGAACGAAUUCGACGAAACAAAAGCUGGAGUUAAAGGACUCGUGGAUGCUGGCAUUGUCAACAUCCCCAGGUUCUUCAUCAACCCUCCAGAGAAACUUCAAAACUCAUCAAACACCACACACCAAAUCCCCAUUAUAGACCUCAGAGGGUUUGAAGAUGAUGGCCAACAUCGACACAAGAUUUUCAAUGAAAUCCGUGAAGCAUCAGAAACAUGGGGGUUCUUUCAACUUGUCAAUCAUGGAGUACCAGAUAGUGUAAUGGAUGGGAUGAUAGAAGCUGCUGCAAAUUGGAGGGAUUCAUUAAAUUUUAUUAUCAAAGAUGAUAUGGUGAACCCGAAUGUGUUACCUUCAGUCUUCAGAAAAGAAGUGGAAGAGUACAUGAAAUGCAUAAUCAAACUGAAGGAGCAACUAUGUGAACUACUAUCAGAAGCUCUAGGACUGAGCAGCGACCAUUUGGUAAGCACAGAGUGCAUGAAGACUACAAUAUUUGUGUGCCACUAUUACCCAUUUUGCCCACAGCCUGAGCUGACUAAACGCUUGAGCCAACACACAUGCCUGACUUUUCUAACUAUUCUCCUUCAAGACACCAUUUUUGUCCUUCAAAUUCUUCAUCAAGAUCAUUGGGUUGAUGUCCACCCUGUCCCAGGAGCUCUUCUAGUAAACAUUGGGGAUUUUAUGCAGCUUAUCACCAACAAUAAGUUCAAAAGUGUGGAGCACAGAGUACUGACUCGUUCAGUUGGACCAAGGAUAUCAACUGCAUGUUUCUUCUCUCCCAGCUCUAAGAAUAUAUCUAAGCAGUAUGGACCUAUAAAGGAACUUGUAUCGGACAACAAUCCACCUAUAUACAAGCAAGUUCCGUUCACGGAUUUAGCCGCCGUGAGGAUUGGACAGAAUUCCUCAGUUCUUCCUCUCUUCAAGCUAUGA